CUUGUGUUUUUUGAGCUCAUCAGCUUGUGUCAGCGUAUAAUAUUAUUAUAACUAUAGUCUGUUAAUGGAUGUUGGUUCUAGUAUGUACUCCUUACUCUCUCCACAUAAUUGUUGCAUACUUGCAUACACUACUUUGAGAGUUUGAGAUGAUGAGAAAACUUAGUCAUUUUCCUAUAUUAGUUGUAGAUUACAGUUAGAUUAUCCAAACUAUUAUCAAGUCUGAAAAGGCGAUAUUCGAAUUUACCUAAAGUAAAGGGUGCUUCUGAAGUUUUCAAAUCCUUAGUUUUGUGGCAGCAGCAAGACAAAAAUGCAGAAAUCUUACUUUCAUGAACUUUUAUUGCUAAUGUAACACCUCUAACCUCUGACCAACCAAAAAAAAGGGAAAUUCUUAGAGGCUAUAGAAAAUAUUAGAAGUUCCAUAAAUAAUAUUGUCAAUGAUGAUCAUUUGUGCUUGGUGACGAGUAGUUUUGGUUGAGAAUUUGAUGACCUACAAAGAUAGAUAAAAGCGAAAAUCUUUCUGUAUUUAGGAUCAUGAUAGGAAUAUGCAGGAGUUGUUGUAGGAAGUGGGAAAUGUGUGUUGUAGUAGAAAAAUCAUCAUCAAAAGAUUGUGACAUUUAACAUAGUUUUUCAUGUUUCCUUCUCUGUCGGAAUUCCUUAUCUUAUAUACACACAAUUAUAUUAACACUUUGAACUAAUUCUAUCCAAUCCAUAAAUGGAGUCUGAUGGCACCAAAUGCAGCGGGGAACAAAGGUUGAGGGGUAAAGUUGCAAUUAUAACAGGUGGCGCAAGAGGUAUAGGAGCCACUACGGCGAAACUCUUUGCCUUAAAUGGGGCUUAUGUAGUUGUAGCCGAUGUACUCGACGAACUAGGAAUCAACCUCGCCCAGUCAAUUGGAGGCCGCUAUAUACACUGCGACGUCUCUAAGGAAGCUGAUUUAGAGGCGGCAGUGAAUCUAGCUUUGGCAUGGAAGGGCCAUCUUGACAUUAUAUUCAAUAAUGCAGGCACAUCAGGCGCAGAUGGGAGCAUCACCAAUGUCAACAUGGAAGAAGUAAAAAACAUAGUUGCAGUAAACUUGUAUGGAGUGGUGCACGGGAUCAAGCAUGCAGCUCGUGCCAUGAUCAAGGGUAAAAUAGGCGGAUCCAUCAUAUGCACCUCGAGCUCAGCUGCUAUCAUGGGCGGCUUAGCCUCACAUGCCUACACAAUGUCAAAAGGUGCAAUCCAGAGCCUAAUCAAGAGUGCAGCAUGUGAACUUGGAGUACACGGCAUCCGAGUUAACUGCAUUUCCCCUCAUGGGGUUCCUACGGAUAUGCUUAUCAGCGGUUAUAGAAGGUUCCUGGGUGACAUUGAUGCAGAAGAAGUUUCCAAAAUAAGUUCAAAAAGUUGCAGUUUACUGACAGGAAGGGGUGGAAAAACACAGGAUGUUGCUGCUGCUGCGCUUUUUUUGGCUACUGAUGAAGCUGGAUUCAUUACUGGACAUAAUCUUGUGAUUGAUGGGGGUUACACUGAAGCUAGCACGAAUAUGAUUCACAUGUAUCAAGACCCAAAAUUGGUGAAGUAAAUUUUACUAUCCUUUUGGCUUUUGUUCUGAAUUGAAAAAUGUAAGAUUAACUAUUGUUUAAGUAUAUUCAGUACUGUAUGGAGUUAAGGGAACUACAAAAAAACAUGUAUAACUUCUGGUUGAGCUAAUUCAAAGCUAAUAAUGGCCAAAGAAGUAUUAUUGUAUUCUAAGCA